AUGUCGGUGGAUUCAGCUUCAGAUCAUCACAGGAGAUGCUUUUCAGGAAAGCCUGAGCAAGACUCCUGUUGGUCUUGGGUUGUGUGCUUGGCAUGUGCUGCUUCCAAUAGUUUGGUCAGUGGAAUUGUUAAUAGCUAUGGUAUCAUGUUUCCAUUUUUGUUAGAAGAAUUUCAACAAGGGAAGGCUUUGACAGGUUAGUCAUUUCCUCAGCACUGUAUCAAGCAGUCAUCCUGUAUUAAACCUUUAGCUCCCAUGAGUGACCAAGACAGAAUUUCUCCUUACAAUAUAAAUACAAUAUCAACCAGAUAAGUAAUAAGAAUAAAGAAUAAUAUCAAUUUGGGGAUAAUUAGUCGAUCCAAUACUAAAAUCUCUGAACUAACAUAAUAAGAAUUGUAUGGUUGACAGAGAGGAGAAUUACAAAUUUGAUCUGGGAGUUAAAGGGUUAAGCACUCAGUUGUCUGGAAGUUCUGAGAUUUUUUUCCCCUUAUGUACUGUUAUUUUUUUACCUCUAUUAACUCCCAGAUCAAAUCUCUCAUUCUCCUUACUGUCAACAAUACAAUUCUUAUAAUGUUAGGUCAGAGAAUUUGGUAUAGGAUCAACUAAUUAACCCUGAAAUUGCUAUUUUUCUUUAUUCUCAUUACUUAUCUGGUUGAUAUUGUAUUGAUAUUGUAAGGAGAAAUUCUGUCUUGGUCACUAAUGGGAGUUAAAAUGUUAACCCUUUGCAUUCUAACAUCAGUAUGCAUAUCCUCCAUUUUACUGUUCUCUAAACAUUUCCGACAUGGAGAAUUUGUCUAACAAUCAAGAGCUUCUUAUGUUGGUGAUCAUUUCCUUUAUUCUCCUGACCUUAAUAUUUAAUUCAGGGGUGAUAUGGUAAGGAAAAAUUAGAUGCCAGUCACUCUUAAAAUAAAAAUACAAAUACAAGUACAGGUAAGGAUAGAAAGAAAUUAAAUUUAUCUUUCCCACUGAAAAUGUUUGUUUAUAUAUUUUUUCCUCAGCUCUUGCUGGGUCAAUAGCAAUGGUUGGCAAUGGACUUUUUAGCCCAAUAGUAGCAAAAGUGUACCAUCGAGUUGGACCACUCAAGACAACUAUAAUUGGGCUCUUUAUCUGCUGUGUGGCCCUUCUAUUAACGUCUCAGGGACCCAACAUGCACCUCAUUUUAGUUACUUAUGGUGUCCUUUUCGGUUUUGGUUCAUGUUUUGUAUUUUUCACCCCAUAUCUUGUAAUACCUCUCUGUUUUGUCAAAAGACGGGCUCUUGCAUUGGGACUUCUGGCCACUGGUCCUGGUGGAGGUUUGUUUAUAAUGAGCCCCAUUCUGGAAGCCCUUCUUGUUGGGUACCACUGGAGGAAAACAUACGUGAUCCUCGCUGGCAUAAUGGCUUUGGCUUUACCCUUUCUUUGUACUCUUGGGCACAUUCCUGAACAAGAUGAUGAGCAAGUGCUUGAUCAAGUUGAUCAAAAAGAAACACGUUGUAAAAGGCUGUUUUCAACUCUCAAGAAUAAGCGAUAUGUCAUCAUUAUGGUGUCCAUGUUCGCAUAUUUUGCAGCGCAUUACAUUCCUCUCAUUCAUAUAGUGAGUCCAGUCUAGUUUAAUUAUUUUCAGUAGUGUCUGGUUCUUUUAGGGAGCAGCUACGCACCUCUGUCCCCAAAUAGGUCUUUCAGAAAUUAUGAAGGGAAUAGGGGUUUUGAAAGACAUAAAUUUUAUAAGGACUCAUGAGGUAAAACUGAGAUUUUCUUCGGAUAUGUUAGGGGGGGGGGGGUUGGGUUUGAUAUGCGUCCCAAAUACAUUGUGUGGGAGGUAAGGUAAUGACAGCAUGUAGGAGUGAUUCGCGUCGGUACACGUCACUUUAUCCUGAUGUCUGUAGGCACAGGAGACCCAAGUAUUACGGUUACAUCUGUUUCAUCACUGCCCUGGGGAUGAUGUUUAUGAAAUAAAUCACCACUUUGACCUGCAGGUGAAAUUCAAGAGAAUAAUCGAUCCUUGCAUGAGAUCUGCGAUAUGAGUAAUUGCUGAAAGAAGCCCGAAAGAUUCAGGCUUCGACGGGACUCGAACCCAUGCCUCCCAGUUGCGCUCAAAUGGUAUCUGCUAAUAGUGGGAGGCGCGGUGGCCUCAUGGUUAGUGCGCUCGACUUCGGAUCGGGUGGUCCGGGUUCGAGCCCUGGCCGGGGUCAUUGUGUUGUGUUCUUAGGCAAGACACUUUACUCUCACAGUGCUUCUCUUCACCCAGGUGUACAAAUGGGUACCUGCAAAUGUGCUGGGGGUAGUAGAGUAGCAAUACUCCUAGCCGCUUCAUGCUAAGAAAACCGGAGUUAAGCACCGGCCCCAUGGGCCACCUGGGCCCGUAUAAAGGCUUUACUUUUACUUACUACUUUUGAUGCUACUGCGUAAAUUAAACCUCACUUGAGAGGAUUAUUUCCUCAUUUUGAACAUUUCUUCUAUUAAAUGUUAUUAAACAGCAGGGUGUAUGCUGGAAAAACUGUCGCAUUAAGAAACCAAUAGGAGGAAAUGUGUGGGAUUUAACGAAAGAAAAUAGCUUAUCCCGUUUCAGUCGCGUUUUUCUGCGCGCUGACUUUCUGUGAUGCGUUUUUCUUGUAAAUUAUUACUUAGUAAUAACAUGAUUUCGUUUGCAAUUUUGUGUAAAUAAGCUAUUAUGAUUUUUUCAAAGACUACAAAUUGCUCUACGGGCUCUUGCAAUUUUGUUGUCUUUUAAAUAUUUAUUCUCGCUUAGUAACACCAAAUUGCACUCGAAAUCGUGUUGUUACCUAUACUUAUGAAAGAAAAGUUAGGGUUUACACAAAAUGUGUUUUGUUCCCUUUUACAGGCCCGCUACUGUGAGGAAGUUGGUAUGCCAGUGACAAAGGCCUCUCGCCUUUAUCUAUACAGUGGGCUGGCGUCAUUACUUAUCCGGCCGGUGAUUGGUCGGCUGUGUGACAUUAAGGGGAUUGAUGCCUGUUUCAUUUAUCAGUUGGCAGGCGCCAUUAAUGGAGUCGCGACGUUAUUGUUACCGCUGGCCACGAAAUAUUUUCAUUUCGUUGUAUACUCAGUAGUUUGGGGAUUUGCUGAUGGAGCUAUAGGCUGCGCCGUGUGUGUUGCCAUCAUCGGCUGUUUUUCAGACAAACAAGGAGCUACUGCAUUGGGGAUUAGUUUUUCAGUCAUUUGUGUUAUAGCAGCCGUCGGCCCUGCGCUUGGAGGUAUGUUCAGAAGAAAAUAAUUGAAAGCAGCUGAAUAAGAAAAUUUUCCUAGAGCCCAUAAAGCAAACUGGUAUAUAAUUGUUUUUGCUUUAUGUCAACCUAUGAAUUCCCUCCAAAAACUUGUGCCACGUCCUCGACCAUUCAGAUGCAAUCUAAACCAGUCAUAUGCGAAGUUAAAUUCAAGUGAUCGCAUUUCGCGCGUUUUCCAACCUGUGUGGUUUCCUCGGCUUCGGAACGCCUUUUUAACCCUUUAACUCCCAAAAUCUCAUUAGUAAUUCUCCUUACUAUCUCCCAUACAGUUCUUGUCAUGUUAGUUUGGAGAAUUUGGUAUUGGAUCAACUUAUAAUCCCCUAACUUAAACUUUUCUUUAUUCUCAUCACUUGUCUGCUUGAUAUUGUAUUGAUACUGUAAGGAGAAAUUCUGUCUUGGUCACGCAUGGGAGUAAAAAGGUGAAGUGAUUCGCAAACAAUUGUUACUUACUUGACAAGUUAAUUUGUUUUCGAUUAAGUGUCAUGAAACUGAAAGCAAAUUUAUCACAACAGCAAAUCGGAAGAAAGGAAAAUACUUGAACUCAAAGUAAAAGCAACCAAAAUUUCGAGAAAACGCGAGUGGCCAAGUCGUGAUUAGUUUUAGUUUUGCAUCUGAUUGGUUGAGAGAGUGGUGCCAGUUUUCUGGACCAAUCACAGAGCGAAGCAAACUCUUCGCAAGAUUCAGAAGACAAACUUUAUCCAGGGGUAUGGAUGAAGUAAUAUUUCAAUAAUGAAUUGAUAAAUCAUGAAUGGAUUCUUUGAGGUACACUUAACCUUUCUUUAACAUUGUUUUCAUCCUUAUUUUUCUUCCCUUGUAUUUAGGUCUGAUGGCAGAUGAGUUGGGGUCAUAUGUUCCAGUAUUUUACAUGACGGGAGUUAUACUUCUUGUAGGUUCCGCUGUCAUUUUCCUACUCCCUUUUUUCAAGCCAGAAAACGCAAGACAUGCGACAAAAUCAGACGAGAGACUCCUCGUAGUGGAAAAAUGUACAGUAGUUUGAUGGCAUGAAUUCUAGAAAUAAUAACUUUUUCUAUUGGGUAGUUUUUCUUUUCCCAAUUAACCCCUCUCUGCUUUCCAUAAAACGCAACCCUCCUUGAUUAUUAUAGUUCCUUUGGGGAAUCAUAAAUCUGUUGCGCUAUUGGAAUUGUCCUAGUCCUCUAAAUUGAAUUUUUCGGAUUUUCAGCACAGCGGUGGUUUUCUCGAGCCAUUCGCACCAUUUAGUAUAACGAACUCAACAGCACUAUUAACAUAAGUCUCAUAAACGAGAAGUAAUCCCUCCCUCACACUGCGUACAUCUCUUUCGUCAUGAUAGAGGUUUACUUCUCGGUCUUCUCGCUUAUGCAUCGUAGUCUCGUUUUUAAGCCUCUUUUCACGGUUGAGACUAGGCUCCUCCCCUCGGGAAAACAGCGGUAAUCGAGCUCAGUUUUAGCACUCCCGCAAACGCGUCUCGUCAGCGUAUUUCUUGAAAUUGUAUCAGUCUUUCACUUUUCAAAAACGAGGGAAAUAUUAAGUCUAGCAAACCUUGAUGAAAUCAAACCUAUUGCAGGAAAUCUAGUUUUAAGUAUGCAAAUUUACAUCGACUAAGCCUAAAUCCACCGCCUAAAUUGUAGCCAGCGAAUAGAGUAUAAAGAACAAAUUAAACGACGUUUACGGGCAGCACUAAGUCGAAGGCGAUGCAUGGGAAAGCCAAAACUGAGCUCACUAGUUCAGUAAUUUUGUUUGUUGCUCCGGCGGUAUGGAAAUUAAACUUAGACAAAAAAUUUUUUAAAGAAUAAUAAUACAUAGAUACUGGGUUCUUACUACAAUGGAUAACUUAGGUCAGUAUUAUCAUGCUGGU